CAAACUUAUUGCUUUUUCCUUAGAAAGGAUGGCGACUCCAAGAAGAAGCAUGGCCUCAGCCACCACCAACCACCCUCCUCUCAACUCCAGCAAGCUCCUACGACGCGCCGUCCUAAACCGUGCGUUCGCCCUUACUUACGCUUGUGCCAUCCCGGCCCUAUUCUAUCACCAUGUGAAAGCUCUCCUCCACCCCUCGACUGCGGCCAACGCCAUCGCUGCCCUCCUCUUAUUGCCCGCCGAUGCAGUCCUUGCCUUCAUGUGGAUCACCGCCCAGUCCUUCCUACUAUACCCGAUCCGCAACGAGGAGUUCCCAGAGAACCUCGAGAAGGUGGUGGAGACCGGCAGCUUCCCAGCGUUGGACGUGUUCAUAUGCACAGCGGACCCAUACAAGGAGCCCCCGAUAGGAGUAGUGAACACAGCACUGUCGGUGAUGGCGUAUGAGUACCCAACGGAGAAGUUAUCGGUGUAUGUCUCGGACGACGGCGGGUCGGAGCUGACGCUGUUCGCGUUCAUGGAGGCGGCGAGGUUCGCCGGCCACUGGCUGCCAUUUUGCAGGGAGAGGAAUCUGAUGGAGCGCAACCCGGAGGCUUACUUUGCGUCCAAUCAUUGUGGCGGCACUGAAAUCAAUAAGAUUAAGAUGAUGUAUGAGAGCAUGAAGGUGCGGGUCGAGCAUGCGGUGGAGAGAGGUAAAGUUGGGGAAGAGUACAUCAUCGGAGAUCGCGAGCGUCAAGCUCUCGGCAAGUGGAAGGAUGAGUUCACCCGUCAAAAUCAUGCUGCAGUCGUUGAGGUUUUGCUAGACACCAGCAGGGAUAGAGACAACGCAGGAAAUGUGAUGCCCAAUCUCGUCUACCUCUCAAGAGAGAAGAGCAAGAACAUGCCCCACCAUUUUAAGGCCGGGGCCCUCAAUGCCCUGCUCCGUGUGUCGGCUGUCAUGACCAAUGCGGCCAUAAUUCUGACUUUGGACUGUGACAUGUGCUCGAAUGAUCCCGAAGCACCUCGUCGAGCAUUAUGUUACUUAGCCGACCCCUUGACGAACCAGUCACAACUUGGGUACGUUCAAUUCCCUCAACGCUUCCAAGGGAUCAAUGAAGGCGACAUAUACUGUGGCGAUUUCAAGUACCCAUACCAUAUCAACCCGCCCGGAAUGAAGAACGGCCCAAGUUACGUUGGAAGCGGGUGCUUUUUCCGGCGGCGGAGCUUGUUUGGCGCUCCUUCGGCUAUCGUGCCGCUAGAGAUCCCGGAAUUGAGUCCCGAGCACUGUCCGAAGGGUUCGAUUAGGACAGAAAGGACGUCGGUAUUGGCACAAAAGGUGGCAGGAUGCAAGUAUGAGCACAAUACAAACUGGGGCCACAAGGUGGGGUUUAGAUACGGAUCACUUGUGGAGGACUACUACACGGGCUACAAGCUUCAAUGCGAGGGGUGGAGGUCGAUAUUUUGCCACCCCAAGAGGGCGGCGUUUCUUGGGGACGCGCCGAUUUGCCUCAUCGAUGUCCUCAACCAGAACAAGAGAUGGGCCAUCGGGCUUCUCGAGGUGGGUUUUUCCAAGUUCAGCCCGGUCACGUACGGCGUCCGGUCCAUGGGCCUCCUCAUGGGCCUGUCUUACGCGCACUACGCAUUCUGGCCCAUGUGGUCCGUCCCGAUCACCGUCUAUGCCUUCCUCCCUCAGAUUGCUCUUAUUAAUGGACUCUCCAUCUUCCCCAAGGUCUCGGAACCAUGGUUCCUCCUAUACAUUUUCCUCUUCCUCGGAGCCUAUGCCCAAGACCUGGCCAACUUCGUCUUAGCUGGCCAUAACGGAACCCUCCGGCGGUGGUGGAACGACCAGCGGAUGUACCUGAUACGCGGUGUGACGAGCUAUGCGUCCGGCACCAUCGAGUACACACUCAAGUCCCUAGGCGUCGCCGCACAUGGGUUCAGUGUCACGAGCAAGGUGCUGGACGAUGAGCAGAGCAGGAGGUACGAGCAAGGGGUUUUCGAGUUUGGGGUCGUGUCACCGAUGUUCAUGGUGCUGGCGGCGGCGGCGAUCAUCAACUUGGUGUCCCUCGUGCGGGGUCUGAUGGUGGCUAUUGUAAGGAGGAGCGGCGGCUGUGACGCGGAAGGGUUGGUGCUGCAGAUCCUGUUGGCCGGUUUCGGGGUCGUGAAUGGUUGGCCGAUUUACGAAGCCAUGUUUAUAAGGAGCGACAAGGGAAGGAUACCCACCAAGGUUACGUUGGUCUCGGCAUUCGUUGCAUCUCUCCUUUAUACUGCAGCUUCUCUUGCAUGAAAGAUUAGUGGGACAUUUAUGAUUCUGUCUGAAUUAUUUCUUCCAUAUCGAGGUAUAACUCUACAUAUGUUGAAUCAAAUUUUACUCGAUUGUCAUCAACUGAUCUUUCUUACUACUCCAGUUUUUCUAUGUGAGCUUUACUUCUGCUC